AAACACUACGGGCGACCGUGCGUCGACUGUUUACAUUUUCCUUAUACUAAACUCCAGAUUAGUUGUACGAAUUAAUUGACCUAAGUCACAGUUGGUUGUAACCAAUUUGACAAGGUCACAAAAUAAAGAAAAAAAUAUUCGACAGACGAUCCUAAGAUGCGAUCGGCCCUUUUCACGUGUGCAGUACUAGUCUGCUCCAUAUUGGUAACUCAUGGCCACUAUAGGCAAUGGGCAGCGACAGUUGAUUCGUUGAUACACCUAACCGACAUUGUAAAAGCCAAAGAUCGUCUUUACACUGUGACAUUUUCAGGAGACGUAGUUACCAUAACCUCAAUUUUUGACAGUGAAUCCAAGACGUGAGAUCUCAACGUAAUGCAGCCGAACGAAACCUUGAGUGACAUAGAUUUCGGGGUUUUCACGUUGGGCAAUGGUAAGAUAGUCGUGAGGGCGAGAGCAUUGGGCAAAAGCAAAGCGUAUACAGGAAAUAACACUCUUGGCCAGGAUUUGUUCAUCAUAGACGAUCCGACAGACUGCUCGAGUCUUAAGACUUUCAGAGUGCAACAGCAAGAGCAUCGAGUACUACUAGCCUUCAUACCAUAUCAAAAUACCUUUGAUUUAAUUUACCGAAGUCGUCCUACAGAGAAUCUGCAAAAGGCUCCUCAACGAUAUAACGACCAGGGAGAGCAAGUUCAGUUGGAUUCUUUUCUCUGCAACGAGCAUGAAGUCUCGCCGAAGUUCAGAAUAGCAACCAUAAAGCCGUACGACUCAUCAGCGGGUUACAUUGCAAUUAAUGGCACUAAUUAUCAGCUGGUACUCAGACAACUUGAUUCGCGAUUUGAAACAAUAAUAGAGACACCCAUAGAUGAAUUUGAAAGUCUGUCGACAGCCCAUGGUAAUAUCACCUAUUGUCAAAUAACAUCGGACGCUAUUUCAGAUAUAAAUAAGAACGAAAAACAGCAGCGCUGCCACUGCCAUUUCCUCGAUGCUAAACUGAAUAAGAAGGCGACUUUUAUGGUAGCCAAGAAUAAACACGCUCGUCAGGCCGUUCUCUCUAAUUUGCCUAACGGUGGAGCUGUAAUCGCUGUGGCCUACGAAGAUAAGCCUAAUGUUAAGACUGGGAACAACGAUCCAGAUGUGAAACAGUAUUACCUGCAACUCAUCGAUACCGAUAGAAAAUCCCGAGAACCUGUCAUGAUCACGGAAAAGUCAAUCUGGAACCACAAAAUGAAAUUGUUUGAUAUGGGAAACGGACAGAUUUGCUUUUACAUCGGCGGCGAAACGGUUCAUUUCAAGGGGCCUGGAACCCUAAAAUAUGGCGUGUGGAUCCAUUGCGUCAAUGUCUCAGAUUUGUAGAUAUAUGCCAAGGUUUGUUGUUGCCAAAAGAAGAGCUGAUAUUCUUGACAAUUAACUAUGCACAUCAAACGAACCUUGAAAAAUUAGUUUUAUUAAUAUUUUACCAAAUUUUAACGACAUUACAGAAUGAUUGUAAGAAUGUGUAUUCAUGAUUUUAUUUUGUACGUUUAAUUUUUUCUUAUUGGAACCUAUUGUAAAAUAACAUGCACGAAUUCUGUAUUCGAAUUGUGGAAUUAUUGAAUAAAUGGUUCAGAAACAAAAUUUCCACUGCUUUAAAAAAA